UCAUUAAUUCUUUUUUUAGGUAUUUUUCUUAAAACUGCAUUUUUGGUUAAGGGCUUGUAAGUAAGCAUUUCACUCUAAGGUCUACACUGUAUUCAGCGAAUGUGACAAGUUUUGAUUUGAUUUGAUAGAUACUAGAAAGCAAUCUCAGCAACCUGAGUAGGAAUGUGCCAAAUGAUGUCCUUGGGCAGGGGGGUGUGGCCAGGCUAGAACAGUGAGAGUUUAUUUCACUCUGUGGUCUCACCUCUUUUACUUUCUCUAUUGAACACAGACACGCAGACAUGAAUAGAGGGCUCUGGAACUUGACACACUGAGCGCAGGGAACCAGUGCUCCCAAGACCUGAAUGAUGAUGUUUUGGUGGUUCCUGGCACUGCUGCUGGGACCUGUUGAUAUAUAUAGAGCCCAUGAAUGUGAUGUGUUCACUUAUCUGGACCUUUAUCAUGCUAUCAUUGGAACCAGUCUGUAUGUGAAGCUGUUGCUGUACACCAGAGCCAAUCUGACCUGUGGUCAGGAGCUGUCCCACCAUAACCUGUCAGCCCAGCCCCAGUUCAACCUCACCAAGCCCACCACUUUUGUCGUUCAUGGCUACCGUCCUACGGGCGCUCCUCCCAACUGGUUGAAUAACAUCAUAGAGCAGCUGUUGGCCCGCGGAGACAUGAAUGUCCUGGUGGUGGACUGGAACCGCGGAGCUGCCAAUAUCAACUACCUGAAAGUUGUGACCUACUCACGAGAUACAGCGGACAACCUCACUGCCUUCAUCCGAAACAUGCAGGAGAAUGGUGCCUCUCUUAGUUCCAUCCAUAUGAUUGGGCUCAGUCUAGGAGCUCACAUCACAGGUUUUGUUGGAGCCAAGUUCAAUGGCAAAAUUGGGAGGAUCACAGCUGUAGAUCCAGCGGGGCCUCAGUUCAACGGGAAACCCCCUGAGGAUCGUCUGGACCCUACAGAUGCACAGUUUGUAGACGUUGUGCACACAGACAUGGACGCAUUUGGUUUCAGGAAGCCUUUGGGCCACAUUGAUUUCUAUGCUAACGGUGGAGCUGACCAGCCUGGCUGUCCACUGACCAUCUUAUCAGGGUCUGGAUAUUUUAAGUGUGACCACCAGAGAUCAGUGCUCCUCUAUCUGGGUUCCCUGAACCGGACCUGUAACAUCCGAGCUUUCCCCUGCACCUCCUACACUGACUUCCUGGACGGACUUUGCAUGGAUUGUGAUCAAUUCAAACCUGCCGGAUGCCCUGUAUUUGGUUAUGACAUCAUAGAGUGGAAGGAGUCUCUGGUUCCUCUGCAGCAAACCAAGGCUUUCUUCACCACCAAUAAACAGACACCAUACUGCAAGACAAGCUAUUGGGUGGACAUUGUAACAUGGAACCGUGAUACUCGCUGGGGCUACAUCACCAUAAAACUACACAAUGGUAGUGAGGUGACAGAGGCAACAAUAAACCAUAAAGCAUCCAGUUUUAAGAAGUACUCAGAGACCCGAUUACUGGCCCAGUUUGAAAAAGACCUUCAGAAAGUCCACAAGAUCUCAAUCAAAUUCUCCAGGGUGAAUGCAUUUAAACCUAAGUACAAACUACGGGUGCUCCGCAUCCGUCUCACACACCUGGAGCGCAAAGACAGGCCUCUCUGCCGCUAUGACAUUCUCCUGGAGGACAACAGAGAGGUGACCUUCAGAUCCAUCCCCUGUGAGGAGUCCAACUUCUGAGACAAUAACAGAUACACAGUAUGAUGUAGAGAGUCAGCAGUGGCCAUUUGAUGGCUCUCUGGGUAAAUGGAGUGAGGCAGUUGACCCAGGUAGCCUACAUGCUACUCACCCUCUGGUCCGUGUAUUCAGUGGCUUAAGUCUUGUAUGAGUCCAGAGCAUUGUAAAUGCGUGCAAGUGUGAGGAUUUUAAUUAAUGAUAUAUUGUAUUCAUUUAUUAAUUCUUAAAAUGUACUAUGAUGAUUGUGUCUGUAUCACUGAGACCACUGUGUGGUAUAAUAUCUGUGGGAAACCACUACUAAAUACAUAUUUUAUUAACGUAAAUACAUAUGACAUUCUUGGGAAUGAGAGCCACGUCAAUGGGUCAUUACACGAAAAGAGUGCAUUUUGUAUCCCUUUUAUAUCUUAAUUAACCCCUCUAUGGAAAGAUGAGACUCUCUCGAACACGAUUGUGUUCUCCGUUUUGCUCUACGACCCCCACAGGUGUCUUGGGACUCGUCUGUCAGUAAAUAUAAGUUGUUUUGCUCUAGGACCUCACAAGACUUGUCUGAAAGUCCCACGGUACCCAUUUUAAAAAAAGAUUGGAAGUAUAUAUGGAGACUUAGUGCCAAAAUUAAGGGUUAAAUACGUUCCCUGCUCUAUCUUAUAUCUCUCAGAUAUACGACAGACACUUGAGAACUAACUUCCUUUAGAUUUUUUGGGGGGGGGUUUAUUGUGUAUAUAUAUAUAUAUAUAUAUAUAGUACAUAUAUUUUUUAAACAUCACGUGGAGAAUUCAAUACAGAUUUCUUUAUAUGAAUAAAGACUUGCUAAAGUGCCAAUAUUAAGCAUUUUGACAUGUCCCUCCUCUGUGUCCCUCCAUGCACCUCUGUGUCCCUCUGUGCCUCCUCUGUGUCCCUCCAUGCACCUCUGUGUCCCUCCAUGCACCUCUGUGUCCCUCUAUGCCUCCUCUGUGUCCCUCCAUGCACCUCUGUGUCCCUCCAUGCACCUCUGUGUCCCUCUGUGCCUCCUCUGUGACUUCCAGGAAGAUUUUAACUGACUUGACCCCAACAUUUCUCCAAGUUUCCACCCUCAUUGUAAAGCCCCAACCCUGUUAUGGUCAACCCUGUUAUGGUCAACCCUGUUACGGUCAACCCUGUUACUUAAUUUGGCACUUAAAGUUAGGUGAAAUCCAAAGUUUUUUGGAGCAAGUUAUAUCAAAUUGGUUGAAUGACCCCAAUACAAUUGAACACUUUAAACCACUUGACUUAAAGAACAUGCUUGUUUUUUGUUUUUAUUUUAUAAAAAAUGUCACAUAAUAAGCUGAUAUAAAAUGUUUUUGUAGAAGAU